AUGAAUAACCCACUCUUGCUCCUCCGCGAUGGCAACAAGAUACCGAUGCUUGCCUUCGGCACCGGAACAGCCUGGUUAAAGAAAGCCGGAGACACGAACAUUAACCAAAAGCUCGUGGAUCUGAUCAAAACGGCCAUUGAUACAGGGUUUUACCAUCUCCAUUGCGCUGAAAUGUACGGGAACGAAGAGGAAGUCGGCCGCGCCAUUCAAAACUCAGGAAUCCCGCGCGAAAAGUUUUUCAUCACCAAUAAGGUCUCCCAUGGCAUUGGUGAUAUCGAUGCUGCAAUUAGAGAAAGUCUCAAGAAAAUGCAGCUCGACUAUUUCGGCCUUUAUCUGAUUCAUACUCCAUAUUUUGCCGACUUGGGUCCCGACUUGGAUUCCGACUCGGAUGCCUUCAAGUGUGCGCGGGCCGAGUUCCAGCGUAAAUGGAAGUCAAUGGAGAAGCUCAAAACGGCUGGCCUCGCCAAAUCGAUAGGUGUAAGCAACUACUUACGCCAUCAUGUCGAGGCUACGCUGGACGGUGCGACCAUUCCGCCUGUUUUCAACCAGAUUGAGUUUCAUCCCUAUCUGCAGCGCGGAAACGAUUACUUACCAUGGCUAUGUGAAAAUGGCUUGAAAGUGGGCUCGUUCAAAGGCCUGACUCCAGCAUUUAGGGCUCCUGACGGACCACUGCGUGAGCCCUUGUCCCGCAUUGCCGAAAAGUAUGGCACUACGGAGGCAGCUGUUCUUAUCAAAUGGAUCAUACAAAAAGGGGUUGUUGCUGUAACCACUACCACAAAUCCUGAUAGGCUGGACGAGUAUGCCCAAGCUCUGAAGUUCACACUAGAGGACAACGAACUACAAGAGAUUACGGAUCUGGGCCUCACCUACCACUUCCGCACAUCUUGGCCGGAGCAUUUCAAAGCAGAUGAUCGAUCAUGA